UCUUGGGAUUGAACACUCUUGGGAGCUUAGUGUGAGGACCUCAGUUUUUGGUGUACAUCAGAGCCACCUAGUCACCGUCCGAACUCAGGAAUCAGAAUUGACAGCCAUGGGGAUCUGCUGGCUGUGAAGUGGCAUCUCACUGUGGUCUUCAUUCACAUUUCCCUAUUGACUAAUGAUGUCGAGCCUUCUGUCAUUACCUUACUGGUCAUCUGUAUUUUCUUUAGCCUUUUGUUCAUUUUUGAUUGUAUUGUUUGCCUUUUUAUUUCUGUAUUAGAGUCCAGAGUUCUUUGUAUAUUGUAGAUUAUAGUUGUAUGUGUUGCAAAUAUGUCAUGUCAGUCUAUGACUUGUUUUUUCAUGUUUUGAUGGUGUCCUUUGAAGAGCAUAAGGCUUUAAUUUUGAUGAGAUCUGAAUGAUUUCUUUUUGGUUAGUGUUUUUGUGUCCUGUAUCUCUGUUUACCCCAAGGCACCUCUUCUGUUGUGUGUGUGCCUUUAACAUACUUCCAAGGUGGUACAUUAAUGUUGGAGAAACCCAGGUACAAUGGCUGUCCUAAGCUUGAGGUCAGAUCUGAGUUCAACUCCAGGCUUUGCGAGUUACUGAGCAAGUCGUUUUGUCUCCCUGAACCCCAGUUUCCCUAUUUGCAAAAUGAAGUAAAAAUAGGUACCAUUUCCAAAAUCUGUUAGAAGAGACCAAUGAGAUAAAGCUCAAACAGAAGUUAGCCAAGGGCUGGGCAUGAACAUGCUGUGCAAAAGCCGCCAUGUUUUAUAUGCCGGCUUACUCCAAGCAGCAGCUGCACCAGAAGGAAAUAACAUGGUUUGUUUUUAUUUUCAGUACAUCAAGGCCUUUUACAAUGAGUCAUGGGAAAGAAAGCAUGGACAUCCAAUAGACCCGGACACCCUGACUCUGCUGUGGUCUGUGACUGUGUCCAUAUUUGCCAUCGGUGGACUUGUGGGGACAUUAAUGGUGAAGAUGAUCGGAAAGUUUCUUGGGAGGAAGCACACUUUGCUGGCCAACAAUGGGUUUGCGAUUUCUGCUGCCUUGCUGAUGGCCUGUUCUCUCCAGGCGGGAGCCUUUGAGAUGCUCAUCGUGGGACGCUUGCUUAUGGGCAUAGAUGGAGGCAUUGCCCUCAGCGUGCUCCCCAUGUACCUGAGCGAGAUCUCCCCCAAGGAGAUCCGUGGCUCCCUGGGGCAGGUGACUGCCAUCUUCAUCUGUGUCGGCGUGUUCACUGGACAGCUGCUGGGCCUGCCCGAGCUGCUAGGGAAGGUGAGUGUGGCUCCCAGGGCAUCUGUCCUCCGCUCAGGUUAGCACUGCAGGGGUGCAGCCCUCCCUCCCAAAGCGAGUCCCUAGACACUGCAGUUCCAGAGUGCUCAAGCCUUGCCCUUAUGAUUGGAGAAAAGCUGUUUUUGAGUUCCCUUAAUUUGAGUUUGAUUUUUUCAGGACAUAAAGAAUACACAAUAAUUUCAAACCUUACAGAAUGCUUAAAUCCACCCACCCGAUAAAUAUUGUUAACAGCUCAAUUUGUAUCCAUUUCAGCUUUGUUCUGUGCUUUACAAAACAUAUAUCAACAUAUAUUCUUUGUUGUGGUGGUUUUUCAAUGAAAUUAUGCCAUACACAUUGUUCUACAACUUGCUUUUUUCAUUUAAUAUAUUUUGGGCAUCUUUCCACAUGUUGGCGUAGCUCUACUUUACUCUUGAGUCAUUUUUCCUAAAUAAAUAAGUAAUUUCCCAGUCUU